CUCAAGGUGACAUUGUCUUACUGUUGUGUGCUGGUUGUGUGUUACAUGUGGAGCUCAAGUUUACAUCUAAGGACAGACGACUGUUGUCUCAGGUUAUUCGGAGGAUGUUGGGACUCCGCUGCCUCAGAGGACUGGAUUGGCAUGUGAGGUCAUGGAGCAUCCAGCAUUCAACAAUGAGAGAAAUAAGUCGGCUUUCAAAUCAUAUCCCAAAAGCCACAUUCCCCUCAUGCAGAUCUCUCAAAAAGAUGCAUAUGCCCCAUAUUAGAACACCAGCUGAAGGUUUUCCUUCAAGACACUGCCGUCUACCAUGGUUUCUUAGAGAGCAAAGAGCUUUUUACUCUCAAGGCUCCUCUAAAACGCCAAACCCAGGGUCAACAGCAGGGAUUAAACUGCGAACACGCUUAAUGGUGACGUUGCUUUUCGGAGGUGGUAUUAUUGGUACGUGGUGGUAUGUUUACCAGGAGAAACAACAGAAGAUCCAGAGGGAGAGAGUGGAGCAGUUGAGAAAAGUGGCAGUCGGACAGGGAGACUUCAGUCUGUUGGAUCACACAGGACAGCGAAGGACCAAACGUGACUUCCUGGGCCGCUGGGUGCUCUUAUACUUCGGCUUCACCCACUGUCCGGAUAUCUGCCCAGACGAGCUAGAUAAAUUGACCAAUGUGGUGCAUACUCUUGAUAAAGACCCCAGCCUGCCCCCUGUCCAGCCGCUUUUUAUCACUGUUGACCCUGAGAGGGAUGACGUGGCUGCCAUGGCCAAGUAUGUGAAAGAUUUCCAUCCCCGGCUGAUUGGAUUGACAGGUACUGCGGAGGAAGUGAAGCAAGCAGGACGGGAUUAUAGGGUCUAUGCCAGCGCUGGGCCUAAAGAUGAGGAUGGGGAUUAUAUUGUGGACCACACCAUCAUCAUCUACCUGGUUAACCCAGACGGACUCUUCCUGGACUACUACAAUAGAAUGAAAAAUGAUGUACAGAUCGCUGAAAGUAUACGUAAUCACAUGAAAAACUAUGUUAAAUUAUUUCCAGAUUAAUCUUAAUAAUGGAAAAUGUGUUUGCACAAUAAAGCCUAAUUUCAACCAC